AUGCGCGCCCGACUCGUCGUACGGCGCCAACGGCUCGUUGAUGCAGCCCCGACGCAUCCCCAGCUCUUCUUCACCACCCGAUCAUUCGCCAGCCAAUCGAAGUUCACCUCCACCAAGGCCCGCCCUAGCCUCCCCUUUCUCCUCGUCCCGAGAACCAGCUCCGCGCCCGUCCGAUUCUUCACAUCCGAGCGUAGGCGGUGGCUGAAGCACGAGGCCAAGCUCGUUGCGCGAUACACCAUCACCCUUUGGGGUGUCGCCGCGGCUGUGCUGACGAUUCUCUUCGCGGUCAACGAGGAGUCUGUGGAGCGAGACUUCCCUACGCCACACGACUGGGGCUAUUUGACGCGGAAGUUCUUGCGAGAUGCCAACGGCUUCCGAGACCCCAAAAGCGGCGAGGUCAACUGGGCAAGGGCGCUUGAGUUGGCGAGGGGAGUGGUCACACGGCUAGAGGACCCAAAGCUGGACGGCAAAGAUGUCUCCAAACUGUCGGACACAGAAGACCCGUCGCUCGAGGUGCCCGCCGAGUUCAACAGCUGCGACAUCUCGGCCAAGUCAGAAGACUGGAGGAGGGGGUACUUUGAGGCCAUCAUGCUUGCCGCCAAGGCUGCCGAGCACGUCGACGGUUGGCUACGCGACCGCACCCGCAACGUCGUUUCCCCUCCCGAAUUCGUCAUCGGACCCUCAAACCCGCGCCCGAAACCGAUCGCCCCCGGCAACCCGCACGCGCCCCGCGAGGAAGAUUGCGAAAUCGCCUACCCGUCUGCCGAUAACUUCUACAUGAAGAUCUUGGCGACCAAGGGCCUGUCGGCGCGACAAAAGAUGGAUGCUGCCCUAGAGUACGCGAGCUUCAUGGAGUUCAAGGGUCGCGGUGAUGGCCCUGAGGCGCUCUAUAAUCUGGCUCUGGCAGAAGCCACUCAAGGCAUCGAACCCGCGAAGUUACCAUAUAACCCUAAAACAUUUGUGGUCAAAGACCGCGCUGAUCCGCCAUCCCUCAACAUUCUCGACGCCCUCACCGCAAUCGCCACCCAUAAGGCUCGCCAGGGCGACCUCUCCUCCGCUCUUCCGAUCUAUGUAUCCUUGCUUAAAGCCCGACGAUCCCUCUCCGACAGCCCGCCCCGAUCCACGCCGCCCAAGCCUCCACGACAAUCCAUCUUCCAGCAAGUCGUCAGCUUCAUCUCGCCGCCCGACUAUCCGCCUCCGCCACCGGACGGCACCCAACCCCCCUGGCGAAGCCCUUAUGAGCGCUGCCAAGAGGCCUCGCUAAACCUGUAUAUCGGCGAGAUUCUGUACGCGACAGGUUCGCGCGACGAUGGCCUGGCUUGGACUCGUGACGGUGUCGACUUGUCAGAGGAGCAAUUGCGCGCGCUGGGCAGCAGCACGGACAGGAGCAACAAGGACUCCAGGCAGACCUGCCGAGAGUGUCUUGCGACGGGCUUGGACAAUUGGUCCACUAUGGUGGCCCGGCUAGCACGGGCGGAGGAGGCUAAGAAGAGCGGCGGUGUAUCCUCCAAUGUGUUCUCGUUCUGGAGCGGGUCGCAGGAUGCUGAAGGCCGGUGGGCCGCCGAGGAGGCGGUUGUGCAGGAGCGUAAGAGGAGAACAAAAGAGCUCCUGGAGGAUGUGGCGCCGCCCUCGGCAAGCAUUUGGACUUUCAUCAAAGCAUGA